GCAACAGCCUAAUAGCUAACACCCAACAAGAGAAUACAGUAUCUUCUAUAGGUUAGCGAUGCAAGCUUCGUACACAAUCCUUAAUUCUAUCGGUGAAGUUUUUGCAUGAAAUCACGUAGUGAAUAUCGUUGAUCAAGCUUUUCUGGACAAGUGGGCCAAACUAAAUUUCCACAAUGGCAGCGCACGACAGACCAUGGCAGGAAGGUCAACGUCUGCACAUCAACGACCUUCCAGAGGAAGUGAUCCAAGUUAUUACAAACUAUCUACCGCUAGGUGAUCGUAAGAACUUGUCAAUGGUCUCUCCGCCUUGGGAUCGACAUGCAUUCUCCCACGGAAAUAUGGACGAUAUCAAACUUCGGAUCAGAGGCCCCGGUAUUGAGCACCGAGAUUUGCAAAGUCUGUAUAAAACUGGCCGGCGCUUUCGUCAUCUGAGUUACUUCUCAGGAGAUCCAAGUGGUGAGAUCGACUUUGCCAUGCUAAUGAAGGUAUUCACGGUGCUGGGACCGUCGGUCCAGAGUAUUAUCCUGACGAAUAGGUGCACGUUGAGACAGUUAAAAGAAUUGGUCAUCAAAUUACCUAGAUUGCAGAUUCUGAGCGUAGGCGUAGUUCUAGCAGGGGAUGAACCGCUUUCCGAUUUUCCAGAUAUGCAAAACUUGAGGGAGCUUUAUAUGAGCAGCAAUACAUCGUUCGAGUCGUGUUUGAUGACGUCCAGAGCCGCUCCUCGUAUUCGAACGUUGUCUUUGAAUCUUAAUGCUAGAGUAGAUACAAUAGAGCACAGUCUCACAUUCAUCGGACACUACCAACAACAACUUGAAUCCUUACAUCUGGAUGCGCCUAGAGCGGGAAUGCUUCUCAAUCAACUUAGUCUUCGCCAGCUGCACACCCUGGAACUAAGUAACAUCUACUGUAACCGUGACGCGAGGGAGCUGUGUAUAUUGUUCCAAAAUUUACCUGUAUUGCGGGUGGCAUUGCUGCGUUUUACCGUAACGAAUCAAGUUCUGGAUGUUAUUUGCAACAAUUGUGCUGGUUUGUACAAACUCAGGUUCAUGGUCGAAGAAUUGGUCGGAAAUGCCUUCCGCUUACUGGUGAACCUGAAUCGCUUAAGGGAGUUGCUCAUAGAUGACCGCAUAAAAGGUUACAUGAUCCUAGACUGCCCCCCUCUGAACAACGUGGAGUAUUUGAGUCUCUCAACGAAUCCCAUACAGUCCGAUCGAGCAGGAGCGUCGAUGGAGCAGCUGAGCCACCUUUUCCCAAGACUGCGCACUCUACAAAUUAAUAUCUCCAGUAGAUUGGACAUGAACAACGAGUUCCUCUUCGGUGUCGGCUACUACUUCAGUCAGAUCACAUGCUUGUUCAUGGAGUCCGCGAGUAUGUGCAGCAACAUGACGGGGGACCUCAUCCUACCGCUUGCUUUCAAGCAUCUGAAGCAGCUGACCAACUUGCAAGAACUUACCCUCAGCUGUAUGCCCUUGAUGGCUGAAUGCGGCAAAGCAUCGAAAGCAAACUGCCUGUUUAUCAACUUCCAGCAGUUGUGUAACGGAGACUUUGAAGAACCACCACUCACGAAUUUAAGGCGCCUUAAGCUCAAAAACUGCAACUGGGUGACGGGACACCUUUUCCAAUAUGUAUCAGCCUUGUGCCCGGCGUUGCAAUAUCUGGAAGUUAGAAGAUGUCGGAUGAUCAGGCUCGAAGAUAUUAAUAUGUGGCGCACUGCUUUGCCUAAUUGCGUAUUCCACUAUAUCCACACUAAUCUACACUAGAGUACUGCAAUAAACAUGAUACAUGUGUGUUACACGGAAAUUCAAACUUAAACGAUAAUAAAAUAUUUCAUGUAUACUGCCCCCUUUCACAUUACAGUCACAUAUGAGUAGGAAACUAAAAAUAAAAGUAAG